CCUCAUCGGCGGCCAGCUGCUUGAACGUCGGCUCAAGUGUCCCAUGUGUCGUCACAUGACCCCAGUCAGAGAAAUCUCCUACGUCACCACUAAGAAGAAAGAAAUGCUGAAUGUCAAGGUUGCUACGACUUCUCCAAAUCCAUUUUUGACAUUACGUAAUCUUUGAUAUUUUUAGAAUUUUUUUUAACAUCUCUAAAUCCAUAAAUUCCUCACCCAUUUAAAAAAACCAUGAUGCAUUGCUGUCCAACUUGCGUGCCACAUUCGGCUCGCAAAAAAUGUUUAAAUGGUCUGCCAAAGCUUUAGGAAUUUUUAUGUGUGUAAAAAUAAAAAUUUUAUGGUUAAAAAAUUUUCUAACGACAUUAAUUGAAGCAGUAUUUUUGGGAAAUCGCGUGAGAGCACAGAAGUCGUAACAUGGAAAAGCGGGGGGCCAAAAAGCUAAAGACUGUGAUUGCUUGACAGAUAGCAGUAAUUUAUGUUAAGCACAUCAGCAGAGCAACCAUUCAGGAACAUGGGUUGACAUGAAAUCAGAAUGCAUACUAAGUUAGAUGAAAUAGAUAGGUGAGCACCGCAUGUUAACUACUGCACUUUGUGGGAUGAUAAGAAUAUGUCAGGAAAGUCUUCGGGUCAGAGUAAUGUACAUGGCAGCUGGGGCACUAAAGGUGUCGCAAAUGAAUAUGGUGGGCAGUGUGAACCGUUCGUGGUAUCAUAUUAUUUUAACAGUUGGUCUAGCCGGGUAUGGAAAAAGAGUGUGUCCAUCCUGUAUUGUUGUGCUCGGGGACAAGUACCUGGUAUUCCAAGAUCGGAGUGUGAGAUGUCCAAUGAGUAGAAAGCAUGACAAAUGCUGUGUUUGUUUGCAGUUAGUGCAAUUUAGUCAGGGUGGAAAUGUGAAAGAUUCUUGGAAGGUCAUUUCUAAAAAAUUAAAAAAAAAACCAAGAAUGUUUGACCAAAUGAAUUCUGGACAUCAUGUUUCUGCUGACGAAUUUCCUCCAAUACGAAACCUUUGUACCAAAAUUUGGACCAUGCUUCUGAAAGCACUUAACCCUUUACAGUCUGCUGCGCCCGAAAGGCGCCAAUUUUUUUCCUUAAGCCCACAGUCCGUUGCGGCCAAACCCGCCCGUUUUGAGGUUGUUUACUUUCGAUCUUAGCACAGCGGAAAUCCAUUGCGCAUUACUGUUUAUAGUUCUACCGGAAGAAAGCCUCGUUGUCGGCAUUUAUUUUGAUACUAGUUUGACCGGGGUGUGUUUAGGGCUCAUUUUCUACGAUUUUUUAAAAAAGUUUCCAUUUUUUUCGCUGUAAAAAAUGGCUAUCUAAGCCUUGGACACACUUUUGAAAGAACUUAGGCUAACGAAGCUUCACUAUUUCACGAGUGGGAGGGUCUCUGAAACUAUUUUUAGGUUUAACUUUUGCUUUAAUCCUUUAUUUGUAUUUAGGUAUUUUUUUAUUUUAUUUUCUUGCUUCUGGUUUAUUUUCCGUAAAUUAAUUAGAUAAAGAACCUUCAUUUCAAAUGGAGUUAUGUCCCUUUGCUUGGGCGCUGAGAGUAGACGAGGCUGAACUGGCUUGGACUGUAAACGGUUCAGUCAGUGCAGCUGAAAUUCUCCGUUAUUACCAACAUCCGUAAAAAAAAUGUAACGCUGUUAAGAUUUAGAAAUGGAAAUGAGGGCAGGUUCUACUUAAAACUUCCUAAAGUUAAGAACAGUGCAAGUUCAAUUCAAAGGAAAUAUAUCAUUCCAUGCACCACAUCUUUAAUUCACCUUGUUUAUAUUUUUGAUGAGCUGAUAAUGCUAUUCCAAUAAACAUUUCUUUACGCGCAAGGUAAGAAGUAUCGAUAAUGUGAAUAGGUUUUCUAAAAAAAAAAACACUUUCUUUUGAGAUGUAAUGUGUGGCUCUUGAAUUCAUGGGAAAAUGUUUUUUUGCCCACGGAGCCGAAAAGUUUGGACAGCACUGCCAUAAUGCAUGACCAUUUCUAAAUUGUAUGGGCUACAUCUUUGGACACAUUACACAUAUUGCAUAACUUACUGCUUUCAAGCUUAUUUUGAACUGGAAGCUUUAAUUUUGUUCCCUCUGUUAUUUCUGAAAAUAGUGUAGCAAGUUUCUCUUUUUAAAAAAAAAUAAAUCGAUUUUAUACAUAAUAGUAAGAUCUAACUGUAUCACCAAAUUUUAUCAUCAUUAACAAAGUUCUGAUCUUGACCUCUCCCUUGGUCUCAUUUUGAUCAAUAAUUUCUACCUUACAGGGCAGUCACUCCACUAAAAUACAAGCUGUUGUAGAAUGCCUCAUCAGAAUCAGGCAGCAAGAUCCUACGGCCAAGUCUUUAGUCUUCUCAGUCGUAAGUUAUCUGCUCAUGUUUUUUUGUUGUUAAUCCUGUUUACAAUGUUUCACUAUAGAAUUUAUAAGAAAUGGGCAAAUCAAAUUAAGGGGUGUGACUGGGAGAAAACUCAAACAAAACUAUUUUUUUGUUUUUUAAGUGGCUUCCCAUAUUUAAAGGACAGAAAUAUAAUCUUUAAAAUAUCUUUAGAUAAUUUUUUUUCCCAUCUUUAAAAAAAAAAAAUCUUUAAAACUUGUAGAUGGCACUCGAAGUCUUUUAAACAUUGGUAACCUGAGAAAAAUUUAAUAUUUACAAAAGAAUGGGUGGAAUAAAGCAUUUGCAGCCACGAAAACUGUUUCUUAUAAAGACAUGACUUUUUCAAAUUUUGUGUGUGGGUUACCCUUGGCGGCUUGUGACAUCGUAUGAUUUUAUCUACAAAUAUCCGGUCCUGUGUCACAUUUAGGCCAUGUAUUCAAUAAUCAAAUUUAAGGUCACAAUCCUUUUUGUAGUGAUGCGAUGUUGUUUUUCAUAAGUGGUAAAUUAUAGUUUUGUUUUUUGUUGACUUUGUACCGCGUUUCGAGCCUUUGGGGAUGAAGCGUGUUUUUGAAAUAAACUUUAUUAUUAUUAUUAUUAAUGUUAGAAAUUCAAAGAUUUAUUAAUGGCUAUUUGUUGCAAAAAAUGAAAUAAUUGACUUAACUUUAUAUUGCAUCUUAGUGUCACCAAAUUUUUUUGUCAAAAAUCUUUUUAUGCUGUAUAUAAAUAAGAGAAUUUUUUUUUCCAUCUCUUGUUUCAGUGGGUCAGUGUUUUGGACAUCCUGGCCGCAGCUUUGGCUGAGAACAAAAUAUUGUACAAAAGUUUACAUGAUCUGAACUACUUCCAGGUUAGACACUCGACUUAACUGUGGGAUAACAUUUUUUUUUUAGCACCGAGGUCAAAGGGAAGUGGCACAGAUUAAAAAGAACCUCGACAAUUUGAAUGUUAUACUGACUGGUGAAGUGAAAAGAAAAAAAAUUAUUCAGCCUCUCUUAUAUUUGUAAAUUAUUCCAAAACCAAAGAUAAUUUAAUUACAGAUGGAGCAUCUUAGUUAUCAGAAUGCAAGACAAAUAUUGCCCUCGCAACUUUUUAUGGAUUUCUUCAAUUCUUUUCAUUGUUUUAUUUGUACUUAAUAAAACAACAACAUAUUUCUUUGAAACAAAUCAAACUUGGGAUGCGGGGUAAAUCCUGGCCAAUAAAUUCAUGAGAUGCGUCUCGGUUGUUUCAGAAUGUGAGGAAGUUAUUAAAAAAUAAUAGGAGUCUAUUGAAAAAUCAGCAAGGCAAUACUGUUCAAAUUUUCAGAAAAAUCUGUCGUCAUUCAAGACGGAAAAGUCCAUCCAGGUCCUCCUGCUCCCCCUCCACUCUGGUGCCAAUGGGCUGAACCUUGUGGAAGCCAACCACGUCCUGCUUGUGGAGCCAGAGUUGAACUUAGAGGAGGAGGCGCAGGCAAUCUCCAGAAUCUUCAGGAUAGGUCAAACCAGGUGAGAUUCUUGGGAUAGCAUUGGUUGAGCUCCGGUGAUGACCCUUUACUCUGAAAUACGUGUAUUGUAGUGUGCAUUAUUGUGUAGAAAGUGUUGCCAUGUUCAUGAGAAUUACAGUAAAAUGUCUUGUCAUUUUUCAAUUAUAGAUAUUGUAUUUCUAGAAUGUUGUCACAGCUCUGAUACAAAGACAGGCUCAUCAUGACAGAAAUAAUGUUCUAAUGUCUGACAUUGGUUUACAACCUUUUUUCUCUUAUGACCCACACACUCUUUUAAUGUUAUGAUAUUAGAUUAUAUGGUUUAUAUUAUAGGUCGCACAUUAAACUGUAGGCAACAUGACCCUUCAAAAAUUUCGUUUGGCAUUGAUAUAAAUUUCUUCAUAUUAAACACACAAUUACCCUUUCUAUGAAUGUGACAUGCAUUUUGAAAAACUCCUGAAAAACCUCUCAUUUUGUACAAGCUUACAUGAUGUUUCAAGUUAGAUUUAGUUAAAAUAGCCAUCAAUGAAAUCAGGCUUAGCAAGGUAUACAUUUAAUUUUUUCUUCCACAGAAAAACCAAAAUACAUCGCUUCCUGGUGCGGGGCACCAUCGAGGAAAAAAUUUUCCACAUGGUCAAAACAUUAAGGGAAUCUAGGUCAGGGACGGAGGAGGGAGGAGAGGCCUUGGAGCUCACAGUGGGUCACAUAACAUCACUGCUGCAACAACCUGGCCCCGAUGACGAGGACAUGGAGGAUGACAGCUAUGACACCCUCAGUGAGGCUGAGGCUCGUGGUGAUCGUCCUGGUGAGGGAGGUGACCAAAGAGGUGGCGGAAAUGGAAAUGAUGUCGCCGUGGGAUCAGGUGAUGUCGCUGUGAGGUCAGUUGAUGCCACUGCGGGGUCAGGGGAUGUUGCUGUCCGGUCAGGUGAUGCUAUUGUGGGAUCAGGUGAUGUUGCUUUGGGAUCAGGCGAUGCUGCCUUUGUUGGCAGCAGCAUAUCAUUGAGGC